UCAAAAAUCUGAUAACUUUAUAUUGUUAGCGUUUGGAGUUUGGACCCUUUCGAUCAUCGGAAAAGCUCUUUUCGAAGUCGCCCAACUACUAGUAGUUGCAAAUUUUUUAAUUUUUUUAUAACCUUUUUUUGUCUCUUGAAUUCCAUCUAAUCUGUGUAGUAGUAUCUCUUUGUGGAAUUCUCGAGAUCUGAUUGUUUCUCAAGCUUUUUGUAAUUUGGGUCCAACCAGAAGUAGUAACAAUGGUGGGUUCAUGGUAAAAUAUUGACGCAGCCAAUUUUGGAAAAAAAGAGUUGUCUUUCUUCUCUGUCCUUUUGGUUUUUGGGGGUUGAAUUCGAGACAGUUGGUGGCUCCAAUCUGAUGAUGGAAGUGGGUAGCUCGAAUUCGUCGGGUCAGCUUUCCGGGCGGGUCGUUGAUACAAGAGGCAAACACAGGAUCCAUGCCCAACUCAAUAUGCUCCAACAAGAAGCUCGCUUCUUAGAGGAAGAGCUAGAUCUCCUUGAAAAGAUGGAUAAUGCCUCAGCUUCUUGCAAAGAGUUCUUGGACAGUGUUGACAGCAAACCUGAUCCUCUUCUUCCCCAAACAACAGGGCCAGUGAAUACAACAUGGGAUCAAUGGUUCGAACGCCCUAAAGAAGUAAAAAGAUGUGGCUGCUUCAUUCUUUAAUCUUCAUUUCCUCCUACUCCUUCCUACGUUCUAUUUUUUUUUUCUACAAGAGUUUGCGUUUUUUGUUUUUACAUUCCCCGGCAGUUAAAUUGAUGUAAUUGGCAAAAUGAGAAAUAUUCACUUGUGCAGAUAAAAUCUAUUGAUAUCGAUCAA